UUUUUUUUUUUCAAUUUUUCGUUUUUUGCUUUUAUCUAUUUACAUCGUUCGUAUUGAGUAAUUGAGUAUACAUAUAUAUAUAUAUACAUAUAUGUAUAUAUAUAUAUAUAUAUAUAUAUAUAUAUAUAUAUAUAUAUAUAUACGUAUACAGAAACGUGAAGAGAAAAAAAAAAAGAAAAAAAAAGAAAAAUUGUAUAUUUCCUUAGCAUUUCCUUUUUUCACAUAUGUGCGUUGAUCUACCCCCCCACCCCACCCACCACCCCUAUCCUCAACCCCUCCUAUGUUCCACCUUUUUCCUUUUCUUGAUCGUUUGGCAUCGAUUAAAAAAACAAAAAAAAAAAAACAGAAACAAAAAUAAGAAAAGAAAUCGAUGCGUUAAACUAAAUUAAUUAACUAACUCUCUGUACAAAGUCACCCGUCUUCUCUCGCACAUAUUAAACAUCCCAUUUAUAUAGACGUGAUGUUUGCGAAUAAAAUUAUUUUCCGAUCAAUGCGAUAUAUCGACAAAGACGUAAUUCAAAUCGUUACAUGAAUUAUUGUGUCUCGUUAUUUGUCAUUAUGUAAAUUAUUUAAAAUACAUAUAUCUAGUUAAAUAUUGGGUGACCCAAAUAAGUCAAAAUAUUUCUUGCUAAUGAUAAUUUUAUCCUUAACAUAUACAUUAAUAAAUAAUUUGUGUAUAUAUAUAUAUAUAUAUACAUAUAUACACAUACAAAUUUUAUUCACAUGUACGUAUACGUAACAUAAACACACAUACACAUACAUAUAUAUUGUAUUUAAAGUCAUCAUUUGUAUAUGCAAGAAUUAAUUUCGUAGAUGAUAUGCCCCUGACUAUAGGCAAUCCGCGGCCUUAGAUACACACGUGUAUGAAACAUAUACGUAUAUUGCUAAUGUUAAUUUUAUCCCGAGUAUAUUGUACAUUAAUAAAUAAUUUGUUUAUAUAUACAUAUAUAUAUAUACAUAUAUAUUUCAUUUACAGGCACAUACACACACAUAUUUCAUAUGUAUAUGUUGUAUUUAAAAGUCGUCAUUUAUAUCGGCAAAGAUUGAAAAAAAAUAAUUUUGUAGGUAUUAUGCCCCUGAGUAUAGACAACCGUACGUACAUGCUUGUAUGAAAUAUAUGUAUCAAUGAAUUAAUCAUCAAAGUGUUAAAUAUUAAGACAUUGUCUUAUAAAGUUAGAUUUAUUUAGAAAAGAAAAAAAGAGGUAUGUAUGAACUCCAUUUCUUUUCCUUUUUGUUUCUUUUAUUUUUUUUUUCUUUUCCUUUUUUACGUCAACGUGUAAUUCAAACCGAUAAGAUACGACGAAAACUAAGAGAUAACAAGUACAUUCUGUUUCCUAAUAUCCUCGAAGUUUUACUAUCAAAUGAAAUAAAAUCAAGAAAUGCCAUUAUUUGAUAAAAAUCGAACAACAGAAAACGAUGCAAGUUAAAAGAAAAAUUACUUAGUUACCAUGGCGGCACCUUAUCCGUUUUUUUAUCUUCAAAUAUCUGACAAAUUUUCAUCUGUUAAGGAAGCACAAAUGGGUUUAUAAACUGAACCGAAAGUUAGUAAGACAGAUUAAUAAAGAAUCAGUUUUUUUUUUUUUUCAAGUCAAAACGAUCGUUUUCUUUAACGCGCAACUUGUCAAUCCUAUUAAGUCAUAAUGAAGAUCAUCAGUUUUUUAUUGGUUGCAGCAUUGUCUUUGAAUCAGGUAAUCGGUGUGAAAGUGAAUGUCAAGGAAGAUUUAAAGAUUACCGAAAAAUGGAUCAAUGAAUCGAAAAUAAAAAUCGAGGAUACCAUUAAGGAUAUUAAUAGAUAUAGAAGUAACAUUCAAUUUAUUUUCAAUAAUAAAAUAAAAGCACGACAGGAACAGGAUGUAAAAAAUAUUCGUUGUAUGACGGAUCUUUUGUUAGAAGAAAUUCGUACAUUCGUCCACGAUGCAAAAGUAAAAGGCAAGAAUCCAACUCAAUGUUACGUGAGUAGUCAAGCAACUACAAGAAUCAUAAGUAACAAUGGUUAUUCAUCAUUAGACAAAUGUACCAAGAAUGCUCAAAUAUUUAUCGAGCAGUUUCAAACCACCAUCGACAAUGUUAUUACCAUCGGUCAGGCACUCGCAACAGAUCUAGAUCAUAUCUUUUCCAAUUGCUAUAUACAUCUGCCAAAAGUAAUGUUACGUUGUAUAAAACAAAACAUCCAGGAACUCGAGGUAUGCAUUAAGAAUUUCGAAUCAUCAAUAACUUCAAUGAAAACUACCGGAGAUACUGCCUUCCAUCAAGGCUAUCUCAAUGGUAUCGCAUGUUAUAACAAUGUCAUUGUUAUAACUCGCGAAGGUGUACGAAAUACUUUGGCCGAGGCCGAAUAUUGUAUAAAUAAUUCUUAA